AUGAGCCUAGCAAGGGUAUUCACCUUGACGAUACUCUUUGUACCCACAUCCAGUACAUAUGCACUUACUGAGCAACAGAGGAGUGACAUUGAGGACGAGGAUGUCGGUGACAUUGCUGGCCAAGACACCACCCUGAGAGUCGUUCAAGGCCUUCUGACCCUGCUGCUCAGGCAUCAGGCCUCUUGGUGGUAUCAUGACCAAGGUGAGCGUGAGCUCGUCCGGGACAACAAGCUUCUCGGCAACUUCAACCUGACCGUCAUCCCGCUGGUGCCGACGGGUGUGCCGCAGAUUGACAUCACGUUCGACAUCGACGCUGGACGAGUGAAGCUAGUACACGAUGAGUUUUGGUUGCGGGGGAAAAGAGCCAAGUCCACAUUGUCUCGUCCUAAUGCUACGCUGGCAGAGCGCGCUGAACAAGAACAGAAGCUUUCCAGUGCUGUUCGUACUAUUCUCGAGUGCAUUGGUGAAGAUCCCGGUAAGGAGAGUCUCCUCCGGACACCAGAGCGAUACACCCAAGCGCUCAUGUGCUUCUAUUCCCUCCGAAUGAGAUGCAGCCUGAUGGUCAUCAUCGACUUGAAGGACCAGAAGAAUAGCAGAGCGGCCAGGACAGACCCGCGGUGGGCGGGGCAUUCACCGGAUGAGAUUGUGUCUCGUCUUGCAUUAUUCGGAUCGCUGAGAGGCGUCACGGCACUGCCACUCAUGGAGGCGCAGAUGCGCGUCGUGCUGCAUGCGUUCGCGCACCCCCACACGCUCGACGGGCGGCAGAAGGCGGUUGGCAUCAUCGCGCAAUACGAAGACCUGCAGGUGCGCCUCGGGUUGCGGACGAGCAGCAAAUCACGAUGCGGUAGCACGACUACGCAGUGUGGGCUUCGGAGUAUUUUUCCUGGGCUGUUCCUCAGACCUUGUCCGAGAAGUGGGACAAAUAGGACCCGGAAGGUAGUAGUGAGCGCCCAGGGUCCGAACAACAUUCCUGAGCUCCUUCUCCCCAGCCCAAACGAGGUUAUUCUCCGCGCGAGCGAGCGUGAAGACCACGAGUGUUGCCUUUUUGAAGACAUCCAUGCACAGGGUGAUCUUCGUACACUCACGCCCCUUGUGGAAACAGGCGAAGCAUGA